AUGAAAUACGGAUAUAUGAACCACAACUACAUGGUGCUAGCGGCGCAGGCGCUGCAACGCGACCUGAGCGAGGGAAAUGCAACCAUCGAGAGCUGUUUGGCAGCUGGGAUGUUGCUAGUUCACCACGGAGUCAUUAAUGAGAGCGAAACCGACAUGUGCUGGUCAUGGCACGUACAGAUGCUAGGGGGGUUUCAGGGAGCUGGAAAUGGCUUCGAUCCGACGUCAGAACCAGCUCUAUUCAUGACAUACCAAUUAACGCUGGCGUUGACUGCUCAAACAACCUCACAGAUUCAAAGUCGCCACUUCGGUUCCUCGGACUGGUUGUUACAAUGUCCGCCACGCGAGUCGCAGCGAGUCUGCGGUCUUCUGGGAAUGUCGCGGCGCAUGCUCAGCAUGAUCUCCCGUAUCACAACGCUCGCCACCCUACCGAUGCCAGAGGAGGAGCGAAUCACGGCGGCAGAGGCUCUCGAUGAUGAGAUCGUCAUGAUGAACCAGUGGUGCUUUCAGACACCAGGGGAGUCACUUGAGGUGGCUCUGCAAACGGCACAGGCGUAUCAAUUGGCUGCGCGCUUGUACCUUCUUUGUCGUGUUCUUGGUGCCACACCAUUGCAUUCUCAAGUCAUCAGUAUCCAAACCAAGCUUUUCGACAUAAUCAUGCGCCUUCCAAUCGAAGGACCGUUAUAUACAGCAGCAUACCCCCUCUGGUGUUGUUUCAUCGCUGCGUUGACCUCCGGAUAUCGAGAUAAGACGGAAAAGCUAUACGAAAGGUUGAACAAUAUUCGAAAACGUAAUAAAGGGGUAUGUUUGUCCAUCGCUCCAUCGUAUCUCCUGCUUCAAUACUAA